UUUUCCAGACUCUUUCUUUUUUGUUAUAUUGUAUAAUCCGUUUGACUGGUUUGAGGUUCCUUUGUUGAACGAAGCAGCACUAAACGAAACCUUAAAAACAAAAUUUUCCAAUUCGACUUCCACUGUUUUUUUUUUUGUAAUGGGUUUCAGAAUUCAUGGAAACUCCACUAAAAUCUCACCAGUUUAGAACCUAACACAUAUCUCUUCGAUCCCUUACGCCCUCCUCAACAUUCUUCCACCAAACAUUAUCUAUUACUUGCUUUCUCUGGGAAUCGAUCGUCUCUGUUACUGAACAACCCUGUAGAAGAAGUGAUGUGGUGGGAUCAUUUUCACUCCUUUCAAGAGCGUUUUUAUGCUGAAACAAAUGGCACCUUUCGGAUAGUCAUAGAUAUGGAAAUUCCAGUGUGAUUGGUCAAGAUGUAUAUGCGUUGUCUGUAAGUGGAGGAUGAAUCUCGUGACUUUUAAGGUUUGCUGUAGAUUUAAUGAUUUGUUGCAGCCUUGAAUGUGAGAAAUUAAAUCUGGAGGAAGUUGUGUAUAAACAACCAUUGAUAAUAAAAAUCAAAGAAGCAGAAGUUGUUGCAUGUCUCAGAUCUGAAGAAACUCGGUAAUAAGCUGACCUGCCCAUUCAAGAUAUUUUUUUCAGCAAGUUGUUGGUCUUGCUUCAGCUUCUUAUAAGUUGGUAUACAUCUAAACAAGCUUCGAUGGUGUCAAACUCUUUCAUAAGUUUGUUGGAUUUGGAAUCUGGGGACAUGUUUAAGUUCCCUAAGUCACCCAGGGCCAUUCCUCGGACAAUGACUGCUCCUGGAAUUAUAGCUGAUAUGGAUGGUGAUGGAGGCAAUGAUGGAGAUUCAGAUGCUUCAUUAGCUGAGAGUCGUCAAAAGACAAUUAUUGUGGCAAAUUUACUCCCUAUACAUGCUCAAAAAGAUUUGAAAUCUGGCAGAUGGUCUUUCGGUUUGGAUGAGGAUUCACUUUUGUUACAGUUGAAGGAUGGUGUUUCUUCUGAUGUAGAUGUUGUCUAUGUGGGGUCUCUAAAGGUAGACGUAGAAGCAAGCGAGCAUGAAGAAGUUGCACGGAAGCUCUUGGAUGAGUUUAAUUGUGUGCCAACUUUUCUUCCUUGUGAACUUGAAAAGAAGUUUUACCAUGGUUUCUGUAAGCAAAAUCUAUGGCCACUUUUCCAUUACAUGCUUCCGGUGUGCUCAAAUCAUGGCAAUCUCUUUGAUAGGUCGCUUUGGCAGGCCUAUGUUUCUGUCAAUAAAAUAUUUGCUGAUAAGGUCAUGGAGGUAUUAAAUCCUGAAGAAGAUUAUGUAUGGGUUCAUGACUAUCACUUAAUGGUUCUCCCAACAUUAUUGAGGAGGCGAUUCCAUCGUGUUAAGCUUGGAUUUUUUCUUCAUAGUCCGUUCCCUUCAUCAGAAAUUUACCAGACUUUGCCUGUCAGAGAGGAAAUUCUGAAAGCACUGCUAAAUGCGGAUUCAAUUGGUUUUCAUACAUUUGACUAUGCCCGUCACUUCCUGUCCUGUUGUAACCGAAUGCUGGGCCUAGACUAUGAAUCCAAGCAGGGAUAUAUUGGACUUGAGUAUUUUGGUCGUACAGUGUACAUCAAAAUUUUACCUGUGGGAAUCCAUAUGGGUCGAAUUGAAUCUGCGUUAAACCAUCCAUCUUCUUCCUUAAAGGUCAAAGAAAUUCAAGAACAAUUCAAGGGGAAAAAGCUUAUUGUUGGAGCGGAUGACAUGGACAUAUUUAAAGGCAUCAGCCUCAAAUUAUUGGCCAUGGAAAAGCUUCUACAUCAACAUCCAGGCAUGCAGGGCGAAGUAGUCCUGGUUCAAAUUUUAAAUCCUGCAAGAACCUUAGGCAAAGAUGUGGAGGAAGCCAAAAAAGAGAUAUAUAUGACUGCUGGAAGAGUAAACAGAGUGUUUGGUUUAGAUGGGUAUGAUCCGGUCGUCCUUAUUGAUCGCCAUGUCCCUUUCUAUGAGAAAACUGCCUAUUAUGCUAUGGCAGAGUGUUGCAUAGUUAAUGCAGUGAGGGAUGGAAUGAACCUAAUCCCGUACAAGUAUAUUGUAUGCAGGCAGGGAUCUCCAUUACUGGAUGAAGCAUUAGAAGUUACCUCAGAGUCUCCUCGUUCGAGUACUCUUGUUGUUUCAGAGUUUAUAGGUUGCUCUCCAUCUCUAAGUGGGGCAAUAAGGGUUAAUCCAUGGGAUGUUGAUGCGGUAGCUAAUGGGUUGGCGUUGGGAAUGAGUUUGUCUGGCUUGGAGAAGCAGUUGCGGCACAAGAAGCACUACCAAUAUGUUAGCUCUCACGAUAUUGCCUACUGGGCUAGCAGUUUUUUGCAGGAUUUAGAGCGAGCAUGCAAAGAUCAUUACAGUAAACGUUGCUGGGGCAUGGGCAUUGGUCUCAAUUUCCGUGUUUUGUCUCUUCCUCAUGGUUUUAGAAAGCUGUCUCUAGACCAUAUUUUCCCUGCUUAUAGUAGGACAUCUAGAAGGGCAAUCUUUUUGGAUUACGAUGGAACAUUGGUGCCUCAAUGUUCUCUCACUAUAACCCCUGGUCCUGAACUUAUCUCAAUCCUGAGAAAGCUCUGCAGUGACCCUAAGAACACCGUGUUCAUAGUUAGUGGCAGGGGGAGGAACUCUCUGAGCAACUGGUUUUCUGAGUAUGAAAAUCUAGGAAUAGCAGCUGAACAUGGAUACUUUGUGAGGUGGAGUAGUUCAUCCAAUUGGGAAACCAGUUCAGUGGCUGGAGAUUUUGGCUGGAAGAGAAUUGCAGCACCUGUGAUGCAACUAUAUACAGAAGCAACCGAUGGCUCCUACAUAGAGACAAAGGAGAGUGCAUUGGUAUGGCAGCAUCAACAUGCUGACCCUUGUUUUGCAUCUUGGCAGGCCAUUGAGAUGCUAGAUCAUCUUGAAAAUGUCCUUGCAAAUGAGCCCGUACAUGUUAAGAAAGGCCAGCAUAUUGUCGAAGUGAAGCCUCAGGGAGUGACUAAAGGGUUAGUCAUGGAGAAAGUUCUGUCCACCAUGUCAAGUACCGGUAAAGCAGCAGAUUUUGUUCUUUGCAUUGGUGAUGAUAGAUCCGACGAGGACAUGUUUGAGAGCUUAUCAAACAUCACAAUUACUUCAUCUCUCCAUACUUCCCCGGAGAUCUUUGCCUGCACAGUUGGCCAAAAACCGAGUUUAGCUAAAUAUUAUCUGGAAGAGGCUGCUAAUGUUUUGCGAGUGCUUCGAGGCUUGGCAUCUGCAGAAGAGUUGAAGUCCAUGAGUAGCACCGAAACAGUAGUCUUUUCCGAAAGUGGAUGACAUGCGAUGCAAUGACCCCCCGUUUGGUGCGCUGACAUCAGUUGAAUAAGAGCAGAGAAGUGGAUACAGAAUACCUACCUGGAUAAAAUGCUCUCUCUCUCUUUGUUUGUUUGUUUUUUGUUAUGAUACAGUGAGGGGAUUCUCAUGGAGUAGUUUGAUUACAGUAGCUUUAUAUAGUUGAUAGAAAGCAGUUGGAGAUAUGAAUAGUUGAAUACUAGGACUGGCAGGAUUGCAUAGAAAUCAUUGUUUUAUUAAGUCUCUAGCUAUACAUGGGGGGAAUGAAUGGGCUGAUGUAUGUAUUUUUCUGGUGUUGGAUAAGAUACCCAAGUAUGUCAUAGGAAAUUUUACCAAAUGGGGGACAUUGUUUGGAUAAUUGGAUUCAUACAUAUACUGUUUUGCUCAAUUUGAAUACAUGGAAGGGCCUUUUGUGUUACCUUGA